AAAAAAAAAUGUCAAUGAAGAUGGAGAUGAUCAUGAAAUGUUUGAAAAUUUUCAUAUUUUUAUCAUUUAUAUCAAAUAUGACAUGUAUAAUUGAACAUGUUGAAGAUGAACCGGUAACAUUACCGGAAAGUUGUGAACCAAUCAUAAUACCAAUGUGUAAAGAUAUUAAAUAUAAUCAAACAAUGUUUCCAAAUAUUUUGGGCCAUAUUAAUCAAGAAUCAGCUAAAGAUGAAGUACAUCAAUAUUUACCAUUGGUUAAAAUUAAUUGUAGUCCACAUUUGCAGAUAUUUUUAUGUUCAAUCUAUGUUCCUGUUUGUAAUGUAUUGGAAACACCAUUGAAACCAUGUCGUUCAUUAUGUAUAUCGGCACGUAAAGGUUGUGAUGUAUUGAUGGAACAAUUUGGUUUUCGUUGGCCAGAACAUUUGGAUUGUGCAAAAUUUCCUAAAUCUGAUCAAGAAUUAUGUUUUGGUGAAAAUAAUGAUCAUCAUCAUCAUCAUAAUAAUAAUAAUCAUAAUGAACCGAAUGAAAUGAUUGAUACACAUUUUCCAUCCAAUCCAAUGGAUAUAAAUAGCUGGUAUAAUCAUGGUAUAAUCGGUAAACAUGGUAAUUCUCAUCAUAAUCAUCCACAUUAUCAACAACAUCCAUAUGGUUCAUCAAUGUCAAAUAUGACAUAUCGUUAUCAUCAUCAAUUACCAUUUAAAUGUCCAUUGAAUUUUGUCGUACCAUCCGGUAUGGAUUAUGUAUUUCGAAUACAAGGUAAAGAACAUAAAGAUUGUGGUAUGCCUUGUGAUGGACUAUUAUUCGAUUCAAAAGAACGUCAUCUAAUUCGUAUAUGGACUGGAAUGUGGGCCAUAUUCUGUGUGAUUUCAACAUUGUUCACAAUACUUACAUUUCUAAUUGAACCAAGAAGAUUUGAAUAUCCAGAAAGAGCCAUAAUAUUCUUGAACGAUUCUGUUGCUUGUAAUCAACCGUUUCCACAACCAAAUGGUCAUACAAAUGUCCAAAUGAUUCGAACAAUAUCACAGGGUAACAAAAAUGAAAAAUGUACCCUUUUAUUUAUGACAUUAUAUUUUUUUCUUAUAUCGAAUUCAAUUUGGUGGAUCAUAUUGACCAUAUCAUGGUUUUUAUCCGCUUGUUUACAAUGGGGCAAUGAAGCUAUAGAAUCGAAUGCCCAUUAUUUUCAUCUAUUCUCAUGGACAAUACCGGCUAUAAUGACAAUUUUUGUAUUGGCAAUGAAUAAAGUUGAAGGCGAUAUACUAACUGGUGUUUGUUUUGUUGGCAUAUGGAAUCCAUUCUAUAUGAUCAUAUUUGUAUUGAUACCUAUUGCCAUAUUAUUAUUAUUGGGAUUCAUUUUUCUUGUGUCCGGUUUCAUAUCAUUAUUACAUAUUCGUACAACAAUGAAAUCAAAACGUAAUCUUGAAAAAUUUGAUAAAUUUAUGCUUAAAAUUGGUUUCUUUUCCAUUCUAUAUCUAAUUCCAUCAUGUACAAUGCUUGUUUGUUAUUAUUAUGAACAAAAUAAUAUUGAUUCAUUUCUACUUUCAUGGCUUCAAGAUGUUUGUUCAAGAUUUGAUUAUGGUAUUCCAUGUCCAAAUUUUAUAUCAAAUAAUCCAUCACCGUCAUCAUCAUCAUCAUCAUCGGCAACGACGACUGAUAAUCAUAUUGUACAGCCAGUAAAACCUAAAUUAAUUAUUUAUUUAGCUAAAUAUUUAAGCUUUUUAAUGCCUGGUAUUAUAUCUGGUUUUUGGAUUUGGUCAGAAAAAACUGUCAGCUCUUGGAAUCGUAUUAUAAGAAGAUUCUGUUGUAUAAUAAAUAAACAACGACAACAACAAUUUGAUGAUUAUGUAUGA